UCUAUCUCUUCCGUAACGCGUGCGUCUGUGAUCCGACUAUUAGGGUUUGUAUUUCUUGUUCGAUCGAUGGGAUCUCUCUUCUCUUCCCAUGACGACGACCACCCCAGGCACCUUAUCUCGAUGCUCCCAAGAGCGGGCCGCGACCCGAGAGAGCGGGUCGGUCGCCCUAUGUUCAAAGAGAUGCUUGCUACCGUGGAUCAAGGACAUGACGGCCGCGUCUUCACCAUAGAAGAGAGCUAUGCCGACUGCACCUGCUGGCUCGCCCACGGCGUUCUCAAACACUUCAACGCCAACAACCCGGGCGCCCAGUAUCUAGUAGAUUCCACCGCCGAGAUGAAAGCCGCCUGCACCGGGUUCGGGAAAGAUCUCAUAUGGUACCACCUCAGCUUCUCGGCUCGCCAAAGGGACAACGCAGAGAUGGACAUCUUCUUUGCCGAGCUCUGCUAUGAUAUAGACUCCGAGAAAAUCAACCUUGAAACGUGCACCAUCUUGGAAAAGCCCUUCAGAACCAGUUGUGCAUUUUGUCCUGAGGAGUCCAAGAUUAUGCACCCAUGCGAACCACAAUUUGUGUGUGGAAAGGAGGGGCAAGAAACAGAAUUCUUCUGCAUAGCACACAUGUUACUAUGGCCAUACGAGAAUUGUGUUGGCGAUCUUGAUCUGGUAGAUGGACAGAUGAUGAUUGACAGAUGGGCAGACGAUGGACAGUGAGUCUGAAACUGCACCACAACCAACUCAGGGAAUGACCUCUUCUCUACUAGGGCAUUGAUGCGUGAUUAACUGAGCUACGCUGCUAAUCUGUGUAAUCUGGGCUUUAUCUGAUGUGUUCUAAUUGUUGUGGUUCAGGAGAUUAUUUUGUGUUUUUUAUUACUGCAACUUUUGGAUGCCAUACACUUGCUGGCCAUGAAAGAAAGAUCGCACAGGAUGACA